CUUUGUACCUGUCUGUCUGUCUGUUACAGGAGUGAUGCUGAGGUACCGACGCGUCUCUACAUUAAGGCAAAUAACAGAAGCUAUUUGAAAGCGGAAGUGAGCAAAGUGUUUAAAUCGGUGUUGAUGGAGUGUGAAUAAUAACUCGGUGUGAUCAGUGAACUCGUGUCACAUUACAGUAAUGAAGCACUGCAGGCUGACUGCUGCUCUCGGGAACGCGCGCGCUGGUGUGUCGGGGUCGCGCCCGCGCGCUGCAUCACCUUUCCUGCCUCGCGCUGCUCUCGUCAUUCACUUUCCCGCGCUUCAGCCUGACAGGAAUCUCAGAGCGGCUGCUUCACUGAUACACUGAGAUUAUAAACAUCAACACAUACAUCUAAAGAAAUGAAGGAAAAUGGAAGAACUGGACCAUUCCAGCAGCUUUCAUCAACAUUCUUCUGCUUGACUGGAGGCAUGUGAGUCAGUUUGGUCCAUUCUGGACGUCUUUUUUUGGUUUGUUUUGGCUUGUUUUGGAGAAAUGUUGCUAUGGUGUUCUGACAGGAUUCUCACUUCACUGUAAUAUAAUGUAGGAUUUCACUGUUACACGGAAAUAAACACUUAUUUUCUCAACAUUUCUGGAAGUUUUGGAAAUGUCCACUCCUGUAAGAUAAUUGUCUUUGCUUUUAUUGGACUCUAUAAACCUGUCACAGGAUAAAAACGACUUUAUACUUUAUGAGUUGGGUUAUAAAUGUCUGUCAGUGUCUGUUAGCUUUGGGGGCGACAUGUUGAAGGAAAAGCUAACAAAUAAUAACAAAUUUAAAAAAGCUCUUCAGUGACUUCUCAUCAUGGACGUGAUGUGGACGAACCUUUCGAACUGUUCGUCAAACUGCAGUUGGGAUGCUUACGCUAACGUUUAUACUUCUUCGUCGCCACCGGUCGCCAUUUUCCCCAUCCCGGUCCUCAUCGGGGUAACGGUCACCUGCGUGCUCUUCUUCCUCGCUGGAGUGGCGGGAAAUUUGACCACCAUCAUGGUGGUGUUCAAGUACAAAGAGAUGCGCACCACGACCAACCUGUACCUGUCCAGCAUGGCGUUCUCGGACCUGCUGAUCUUCCUGUGCCUGCCGUUGGACCUGUACCGGAUGUGGCGGUACCGGCCGUGGACGUUGGGGAACGCGUUGUGCAAACUUUUCCAGUUCGUCAGCGAGUGCUGCACCUACUCCACCAUCUUGAACAUGACGGCGCUGAGUGCGGAGAGAUACUUCGCCAUCUGCUUCCCGCUCAGGGCCAAAGUAGCGGUGACCAAGAGACGCGUACGCGGGCUGAUCCUCGCGCUCUGGACCGUGGCCCUGUGCAGCGCCGGACCCGUGUUCGUACUGGUGGGCGUCGAGCACGAGAACGGCACCGAUUGGCGCGAGACGAGCGAGUGCAAGGCCACGGAGUACGGCGCGCGUACGGGCCUGCUGAGCGCCAUGGUGUGGGUCUCGAGCGGGUUCUUCCUGCUGCCCGUCUUCUGCCUGACCGUGCUGUACGGACUGAUCGGCCGCAAACUCUGGAGGAGGAAGAGGAGGAGGAGGGACAGGAUGAAGAGCAGGGACAGCAGCAACAGGCAAACCAUCAAGAUGCUUGCCGUGAUGGUGUUUGCCUUCGUUCUCUGCUGGCUCCCGUUCCACGUGGGUCGUUACCUGUUCUCGGCGUCGCCCGAGGCGUUCGCGUCCCCGUUAUGGUCUCUGAUCGCUCAGUACUGCAGCCUCGUCUCCUUCGUCCUCUUCUACCUCAGCGCCGCCAUUAACCCCAUCCUGUACAACGCCAUGUCCAAGAAGUACAGGAACGCCACGCUGCGCCUCUUCAGCCACAGCUCGCCAAGCUUCACGGAGUCCAGCAUCAGCUGCUGACACCGAACACGCUCCGUGCGUAAUCCUGUAACAUCCCAGGGAGGAUAUAUCGACGCGAUGAAAUAGCGCGAUUAGGGAAAUGUGAGAUGAGGUGGUACGUUUCUGCCUCACGGCUCCAGGGUUCCAUCCUGAGCUCAGGUCACGCUCUGGGUGGAGUUUUGCAUGUUCUCCCUUUGGGUUUCCUCUGGGUUCUCUGGUUUCCUCCCAGUAGAUGGAUUGAGUACGCUAAAUUACCCCUAGGUGUGAAUGUGUGUGUGUGUGUGUGUGUGUGUGUGUGUGUGUGGUGUGUGUGUGUGUGUGUGUGUGUGUGUGGUUGUGUAUCCAUCCUGGAGAAGAAGAAGAUGUCAGCUGAUCUCAGGUUUUUGUCUUAGUUGAGAAACUUGUAGCCAUUUUCUCAAUUCAGUUUAAUUCACUGUAAAUUUUUCCAAUUCGGUAUCAAUUAAAAAAAAAAUUAAAAAUCACUGUUGAAUCCUGGAUCCUGAUUGGUCAGAAGAGAAGGUGUUGAUUAGUUUUCUAUAACAGAAGCUCUGACAGUAGUGAAGCUUCACAUCACAGGUUUAUAUUAAUAUUAAUGCGCUCGUAACAGCUCAUUCACGGGGACUUCGCCGAUAUGGUGACGUUUUUCCUCAAAUCAGGAGACGUUUGAUGUAACAUUUAUGGAAGGAGUCUCCAGUGUCAGAGCUUUGGUAAAAGUUUUCCGACAUCUUCAGGACAGAGGAGAUUACGUUUCUUUGCGGUUUCUCCGUAAAGUGCGUAAACAAAGUUGCGUUUUUUUAACUUGAAGAGAGAGAAUAAAGAGAGGCUGAUGAGGGAAAGACUGUUUAUAGCUGCUAUAACGUAAGCGACAACAGGAACUCAAUCGUUUCUAUUAAAUGUAACUAUAAACGGAUGAAAAGUAUGACGUGUUCUCUAAUAACUUCUUUGUAAUCCUUGGCAAAUUGCUGUGGUAUAAGAGGAAUAAAACACCCGGUGACGUAAAUAAUGAACUUCACGCCACGCCGUCACUCAGUAUUUUACUUUAAUUUGAUUAUUAAAGUUAUUUUUAUAUCAGCUGUUUCUAUUUUUUUUUAAAAUGCUGAACAGAAAUCUCUGAAACUACAGUAACCCUUGUUAGCGCUUUGUAAGUAAAACGUCUAACAAAAUUCUAACAUUUCUCUUCUUUCUUCUCCUUUCUUUCGUUCUUUUCUUUCAGUUUUAGAUUUUAUUUCUCUUCUGUUUGCUUUUCCUUUUCGUUGUUUUGUUUCUUUUUCUUCACGUGAUAAAAUUUUAUAAUUAAAUUUAUUUUUAAAAAUGCUUAAAAUGUCACACCAAUACAUCAUCCCAUCCCUAACACACACACACACACACACACACACACUCUUAUAUCGUACAUAUAGAUGGAGAAAAUGUAACGUUGCCUUAAAUUAAAUAUAAAUCAUGGGGACAAAGUAACUGUAGAAACCGCAGCGUCGCUUCGCACCUUAAAAAAGGAAACGCGAGAGUGACGCAUUUUAUUUAACCACAAACUUUUUUAUUUAUUUAUUUUUUAACAUUUCUUCGUGAGAACAAACUGUAUGCACUCUAUGCUCUUUUUUU